AUGCGCAUGGACCCCAUGGCGGCGCAGCGUGCCGUGGCCGUGUCCCUGGUGGCGCUCCUCGCAGCCACGGCGUCGGCGGACUCGUGGCUGUACGAGAAGUUCACGACGGACGGCAACGUGCGGGCGGACUACAACGCGCAGGGUCAGCAGGUGACGUCUCUCAUCCUCAACCAGCAGUCAGGGGGCGCCUUCAGCUCCCGUCAGAAGUACCUCUACGGCGUGUUCAGCAUCCAGAUGAAGCUGAUCCCCGGCAACUCGGCCGGGACCGUCACCUCCUUCUACCUGUCCUCCGGCGACGGCCCCGGGCAUGACGAGAUCGACAUGGAGUUCAUGGGCAACUCCACGGGCCAGCCCGUGGUGCUCAACACCAACGUGUGGGCCAACGGCGACGGCAAGAAGGAGCACCAGUUCUACCUGUGGUUCGACCCGGCCGCCGACUUCCACACCUACACCAUCAUCUGGAACGACAAGAACGUCAUCUUCAAGGUGGACGACCUCUUCAUCCGGAGCUUCAGGCGGUACCCGGACCUCGCCUACCCCGGCGGAAAGCCCAUGUCGGUGCACGCCACGCUGUGGGACGGCAGCUACUGGGCCACGCAGCAGGGGAAGGUGAAGGUGGACUGGUCCGCCGCGCCCUUCGUCGUCUCCUACCGGGGGUACUCCGCCGACGCCUGCGUCCCCAACGGCGACGGCGCCCCGCUGUCCUGCCCCGCCGGAACCGACCGCUGGAUGAACCGCCGGCUCGACGCCGCCGAGUGGGGCACCGUCGCCUGGGCCAAGAAGAACUACAUGCACUACAACUACUGCGACGACGGGUGGCGGUUCCCGCAGGGCUUCCCCGCCGAGUGCUCCCGCAACUGA